GUAUGGGCGUCUACGAACCCUAAUAAAAUAAGUAAUAGACGUCCAUAAUGGCUUUACCGUCGAAACAUUCAAGUUGGUGAAGCUUGACUAUUGAAAUAUGACAGUUAUUGCUUCAAAUGUUGCUACAGAAGGGAAACCUAAGGAAAAGACCAAGGCGAAGAAGCGAUACCUGAAAGCGAAACGAGACAGACGAAAGAAGAAGCAGUCUACUGGCGAUGUCGCUGGUACAAAUAUCAAAGUUUCGAAACAGGACGAGUCUCAGCAACUGUCUGAGGACGAAGGGGCCGCGUCCAAUCAAGACGUUGAGAAUGAUCGGGAACAAGUACUAGAAGAGCCAAAGGCGGGCCCAUCAUCCCAGAAGGACCAUAAAGAAGAAAAACGACCCAGGAAACGACAAAAACUAGACCAAGAGCUUACGCCAUCGGCUGCUGGUCCAUCUCGAGAGCCUUCCCCAGUCUUGGAAGAGACAAGUGCAAGAAGCUCUCUCACACCUCCUGCUGCUCUACCCGCAUUUCCACUGCCAAAACGACCAGAUGCUCCUUCAAAAUCCACGUUGGCACUUCAAGGGCUGGACAAGGCUCUUAUGGAGGCAGAACUUGUUGAUCCCGCAAAGACACAUUCGCUGCCUGAAAGUGGCGACGACCAGGAGUCUGGCUUGAGUGAGAGGACUGUGAAGAGGCUGAAAGAUUUGGGAAUAGCAGAUCUGUUCGCAGUACAGACAGCUGUGAUACCAUUUUUGCUGGCUGAUAACAGACAACGGUCAUUGUAUCUACCAUAUGACCCGCCUCGUGACAUCUGCGCAUCGGCACCGACAGGAAGUGGGAAGACGCUGGCAUAUGUGCUUCCAAUUGUUGAAAUCCUGUCAGCACGAAUCAUUACACGUCUGCGGGCUCUGGUGGUGCUUCCAACCAGGGAUUUGGUCAACCAGGUUCGCGAAACCUUCGAAGCUGUGGCGAAAGGCCGUGGUCUGAAGAUCGGUACUGCAACUGGGCAGCAUUCAUUCGCACACGAGCAAGUACAACUUGUUGGUGACACAUCCACUUACCUGCAAGGAGGUUCCAGUAAAGUCGAUAUAUUGAUAUGUACUCCUGGUCGUUUGAUCGACCAUCUGAAUGGAACACCAAAUUUCUCGCUACAACAUCUGCGGUUUCUGGUCAUUGACGAAGCGGAUAGGCUCUUGGCUCAGUCUUUCCAAGAUUGGCUCGCUCGCGUACUAGCAGCCACUCGACCAUCAAGCCCCGAUAAUAUCCCGGAGAGCGCCGCUUCGCCUUCAUUAUCUACGAGUUCUCAUGGACUUCCAUACCCCGACGCGCUUGCGCCCGCUUAUCACCAUCUGAUUCGUGAAGUUGCACAGGUUCAUACGGACCUCGAUGAGAAGAAAGAGUCAUCCUGUCAGAAGCUUCUGUUUUCCGCAACGCUCACUAGGGAUCCCUCCAAGAUAUCAGCUCUGAAUCUUCGCAAUCCAAAGUAUUUCGUCGUGCAGAGUGCUGCUGAGGAACAACCCACGAAAGAGGGUGCAGUCAUGGAUAUCGUCAUGGAGAAGUUCAGUAUGCCAGCGACAUUGACAGAACACAUGAUCGUGUGUGAGACGGUCCAGAAGCCGUUGAUGCUGUUCUUCCUUGUCCAUCAGCACGACGUGAGGAAUGCAUUGGUGUUCACAAAAUCCGCAGAAUCGACCACUCGUCUUGUUCGACUAUUUGAGUUCUUCGAGUCGAUAUGGGCACAGGAGAAGAACGGUGCUAUGCACAAACAAGCAGCCAUCCGUGCAUAUUCAAGCGACCUCAGUGCCAGUGACCGGAAGUCCAUACUGGAACAAUUCAGAAACCAGGAAAUUCACAUAUUGGUUUGUUCGGAUCUGAUUUCUCGAGGGAUUGACAUCAGCCAUGUCUCUCACGUCGUGAGCUAUGAUGCGCCCGUUGAUAUGCGGAAGUAUGUGCAUCGGGUUGGCCGAACAGCUCGUGCGGGGAGGAAAGGAGACGCUUGGACAUUGGUAGAAGAGCAAGAGGCGAGAUAUUUCAAGAACAUGAUGAAGGCCGCAGCUCACAUUGACCCGGUGAAGCGAAUGAGAGUAUCGGAGAAGGACGUGGCGCCAUAUGUGCCCACGUACGAGAAAGCAUUGGUCAAACUUCGAGAAGUUUACUCACGGUAGAAUAACGCGUCGUUCACGUGUGUUUGUUAAUGCUUUUGCCUGUGAACCUGAACAUCAUACAUGCUGCCCCGCAAUGUGUCCACCAAGUUUGAAAUGUCGCGUUGAGUGCGUGAAAUACAAGAAAUAUAGUGGGCCAAGAAUUUAGAACGCUUGGACUGUCAACCGUUCUAGCAAGUUG